AUGGAUAAGGAAUGGACAUUGUUUGUAGUAGAUGAGUCUCCCUUGGUGAAAAAUCUAGACAAAGCAAUUGAGUACAUCAAGGGAAUUCUGUUGAGCAAAGUUGUUAGAGGGAAAAAAAACGACCAAGUUAGCAUAAUUACCUGUCAUGAUGAGCUUAUCCAAGUGAAACCCAAACGAGGCAGGAUCCAUACUUCCUUCUCCAUGCCGUCAUAUCAGUUGAUUCAGGAUCUGGACUCAACGCUUCAUGUUAAUCAUGAGCCUUUAGAGUAUGAUGAGAAAGGCUUGAUUGAAGACGGAUCGCUUUCUGAAACUCUGUUGCUGGCAUUUGAGGAGUUGGUACGGGCUACCAAAUCUGGAGCCAAAAAGACAAGCACAAAGGCAUCAGUGGGAAAAUGCAACAUGAUCGUGUUUACAAACCAUACGGCUAAUAAUGAACUGGAAAUAUCUUUAAUUGAGGGAUUAAGUGUCUUGGCCGUUGACCUUAACUGUAGACUUACUAUCAUUGAUUUGGAUCCAAAGGGGAAAAAAUAUGAUGAAACAAUUGCCGAUUUGAAAGAAAAAAACCUUUUUAAAUGGAAUGAACUGAUCUUGAAAAUUAAGUCUAAGUCUAAUGACAAACCAAGCCAAUCUGCCACCAUCAACAUUGACAAGGCUCUGGAUCUGUUGAGAGAUUGGAAAAAGGGUAUUCCUAAGAUUUACAAACCAACCAGGACCUUUAAUGGAGAAUUAAGAUUGUGUUGUGAUCUUGAUAGCAUAGAUUUAGAGAAUGCAAGUUUUUCUAACGAUCGGGAAUAUAAUCGACACACAGAUCCAAUUUCGUUAGUGAUUAAUGUUGAAGGAUAUCCAUUGAUUAAAGAAGAGAAGAAGCCUUCUGCGAAGCACAUGGGAUAUGCAUCGGAUGAAGAGCCUAAAUCGGUAAAACUUUUACGAGACCGUAUUGUCAAACAAAGAAUUACACCAGCAGAUGAGGAAAUCGAUACAAAGAAAGAGGACGACAGGGAGGAGAAGGAGGAUACAGAUGACAUCGAGAUCAAGUAUGAGGAGAUACCGGUUGAUAAUGAAUCAUUAAUGAAAACUUAUCGGUAUGGAACUAGUUUGAUCCCGCUCACGAGCACUUUCAACGAACUCUUGAAAUAUCCUACAUAUUCUGGUAUCGAUAUACGAGGUUUCGUGAAGAAGGAUAGAUUACCAUCUUUUUUUUUCAUGGGAGAGCCAACUUUACUUAUUGGCGGAGAAGCUACACGGGAUCGGGUGGCUUUUGCUGCCAUGUGCCAAUCUCUCUUAGAUGUUGACAGUGUUGGUAUUAUCAGGUAUACUCUGAGAAGCUCCUCUGGAGUGUUUAUGGGUGCGUUGAUCCCGUUCUUAGUGAAUGCUCAUAUUACCCUGGACAAAGGUCCUGAUGGAUUGAAAAGAGAAUUUGAUGAAACGAAGAACCAGAAUGUAUAUGGUAUGGCCUUGCAUAUGCUUCCUUUCAAGGAAGAUCAAAAACUUCCAUUCUUGUUUAAUCUCAUUGGAGUCAAAGAGAAUGAUGAUUAUUUGCCGUCCGAAGCGAUGCUGGAUCAGAUGGACGAGUUUGUUGAUUUGAUGAAUAUUGAUGAUCCCAAGACGGAGAAACCAGCUAUAGCAUGUUUCGAAACCCAUGAUUUUGAUUCCAAUUUGCCGUUGCCAUUACCGAAUGUUGAAUCAAAAUUAGAUAAUACUUGGAACAAAAUCUUACACAGCAGAUCACCUUCCAUUCAUAUAUUCAACAAGAUAUUGAGAGAUAUUGUUAACGAGUUCAACAUAAAGAACCAGGAGGAGGGAGAAUCUUUGGGCAAAGCUAUUUUGAACGACCCAAAAAAGGUAGACAAAGUUAUCAAAUCGUCAUUUGACCAACUUGUGGAGUCAAAGGAUAAGUUGGUUGUUGACCUGAAGCAAAUUGACGAAGAAAGGUACAACAAAAUAUCCAAAAGCUUGGCUACAGUCUUGGACAACAAGUUGAUAACCGAAGAAGCUAAAAGUAACGGAAAGAAAAGAGUUACGGACGAGAUGUUUGUCAAGGAUGAGGGAGACUUGGAAGAGAUUGACAUUGACGCUCUCCUGAUGUAUUAG